UGCAAUCAUGAUAGUAGUAGUUUUAUGUUUUACUGUAAAAUGGCGGUUUAUCUACAAAGCAACAACCUGUUGUUACUUUUUUUUUCUAUCCCGCUUUCCAUUAUUUAUUCGCCGUCGGUCAUUGUGGAUCGUCGAACUUUUCUGAAUUUCUGUGUGUAUGUGUGUGUCUACGAAUUGAAUGCUUUAUUCAAAAAACAUCAUUUGAAAAUAUUAAAAAAUUCAAUGCAUGAUCAUGAAGAAUUUGUUAAUGAACAUGAACAUAGAAUGUGAAUCGAUCGACUAGAAUGAACAUCAAAUGAACCAAUACGAACAAUGAAAAGUAUUCAUCAUCACGUCAACAUCAGAUAAAAACAAAACAAAAUCUUAGACCACAUGAUUUUUUUUUCUGCUAAAAUUCAUUUACCAAUCCACCUUUAUAUAUCGUCGUGUAUGGUUUACAUCAAUUUUCCGAAAAACUUCGAUACAGGAUUGUCUAUUGUGGAUAAAUGUGAUUGUUAAAUCCUGUUUUUUUCCGUUUGUUUGUUUUUUUUAUGUUUUCGUCUUUAUGUAUCUAUUUAUGAAUUAUGAUCAAAAUGUCUAAAUCAACGGAAUUAUCGGUUAGCCAUCACCAUCACCAUCAUAAUCAUCAUCAUACUAAACAACAGUCGAAUUUGCCAUCAAAAUCACAACAAACAAAAGUGACAAAAAAAUUACGUAAAUUAAAAUGUGUAUUUAUUGGUGAUGAUGCUAUUGGUAAGACUAGUUUAAUCGUAUCAUAUACAACCAAUGGUUAUCCAACUGAAUAUGUACCAACCGCAUUCGAUACCUAUUCCGUGUUGGUCACGAUCGACAACAAACCAUGUCAACUACAACUUUGUGAUACUGCCGGCCAAGAUGAAUUUGACUCAAUUCGGCCAUUAUGUUAUAAUCACACUGAUGUAUUUUUGGUUUCAUUUUCGGUCGUAUCACCACGUUCAUUUCGUAAUAUUCGUCAGAAAUGGCUACCCGAAAUUCGUCGUACUUUUAUGGGUAAUCAUUCUAAAUCCAAUCAAAUGCAACAACAACGUUCUAUGCCACCAUUCAUAUUGAUUGGCACGCAAUGCGAUCUUCGACAUGAUGUCAAAGUAUUGAUUGAAUUGGAUUCUAAUGGUGAGGAACCGAUCUCGUCGGAUUAUGCCAGAAGUAUGGCGAAAAAAUUGGGAGCCAUCUGUUAUAUUGAAUGUUCGGCAUUGACGCAGAAAAAUUUAAAGGAAGUAUUUGAUUCUGCCAUUCUAGCUGGUUUGGAAUAUCAAAAGAAUCAACAUCAUAAACAUCCAUAUCAUCAUCAUCAUCAUCAUCGUACUGAAUCAAUUAAGCAUCAGAAAAUUAAAUUAAAUGAUUCUCCAAAAUCGCCAUUUUUAUCCAGACGAAUGAAUAAUGAAUUUUACUGUUCACAUACAAAUGAAAAUAAUGUCUAUGAAAAAAAUUCAAUCUAUCAGGAUUAUGGACAUCGACAUUUCCUUCCAUGUACACCACCUAAAUUGGCUCAAAUAUCCGAUGCAAAAUUAGUUAGUUGGCGUAAAUCAUUGACGAAAUUAUCUGCACAAGAAGCAUUAAAAUCUGAAGCUGCCGAAGCUAACCGCGAAGUUCAUUCUCAUUAUGAUGAUGAUGAUGAUGAACAUUCUUAUUAUGAAUACCAUCCUUACUAUCAUGCAGCUGAUUCGUCGAAUCUAUUACCUUCAAAUGUAACUACAGCCAAACUAUCCACGUUCUCACCACUGCCAUCACCGAUAACUUCACCAAAAUAUCCAAAAUCUACUUCCAACAAUGCCAAAAACAGUAAUAUUGAUAAAAAGUACCAAUCAUCAUCAACGUCAACAUCUAGCUCAAAGAUGAAUGCAACAAAAUCAAAAAAAACCAAUAGUUCAAAAUCAGCCAAAUCAUCAUCAUUAUCAAAAAAUAUUAAUACAAAUAAUUUAUCACAAACAAAAUUUCAAAGUAAUAUUGAUCAAGGUGAUCAAACCUUUCAAAAUGGUUUCGAAUCUUCAAAAAUCACUGCCUCUCAUUGUCAUAAUCCAUGUCAACAUAGUCUGAUGCCAAAUUCUCCACAAAAGAAUCGGACAAUAAUCGAGGAUGAUAAAAGGGUGCAGAUUAAAAAUGAUUCUAGUCUAAUCAUAACACAUAAAAAACGAUCGAACAAUAAAUCUAAUUAUUCCUCAUCAUCUGGUUAUCAACCAUCGCCACCAUUAUCAACGUUGAUGUCACCACCUUCAACUCCAUUGAUAUAUCAUCCGGAUUCCUGUUACAAAUUUUCAUCACCUCAAAAUUCUUUGAACAAUCCUUAUGCUAUGACGACAUAUUUAACACCAUAUGGUACAACAGUAACUGUUGUUCCUGCUGCUGUAGUCAAAUCCCAAUCACCGACACCAAUUUACCAAACAAAUCAUCAUUCAAAACAACUGCAGCAGCAUAAGCAACAGGAUUCCGCUCCAUCCACUCCUAUUGUACACAAUCGUUCAAUAUUCCAUCAAUUACAUCCUAAUUUCUGUAAAUCGGAAAUAAAACAAUCGAAACAACAGCGACCUUCACAUUCAUCAAAAACCAAUUUGGCAACCACACUUCGAUCAUCAUCAUUCUUUUUUUUACCAUCUAACACUAUGAGGAUGAUGAAAAAACAACGAGAAACAAAUGAUAAAUCCAAAAAGAAAAAAGAUCAAAAGAAAAAAUUAUCAAAAUCUAAUUUAACCGCUUCAUCCGUUUCUAUGGCUUCGUCUUGUUCAUCGUCUUCUUCAUCAUCAUCAAUUCAUUCAUCGAACGAGCUAUUUCGAACAAAUAAUCAAUCAAAUACAAACAAAUCAAUGUUGGACCUAUUUCAUCAAAUUAUGUCUACUAGUGUAACAGAGUUACGUAACAGGAAAAGUUCCAUGUUUCGAAGGUUAGCAUCAUCAUUGUCUUCAUCUUCGGGAUCAAGUCAUCAUUCACAAUCAAGUCCCCAUCCACAUAAUAAUACCUCAUCAUUGUCAGGGUGUUCAUCUAAACAAGAGAAACAAAAAUUAAAACUGAAGAGUGAAAAGCUCAAAGAUUUCUACUAUUAUGAUUCCUAUGAUUAUGAAGAGAUUGAUCUGGAUCGCCGGGGAAAAUGCUGCGGUAUGCGUAUCGGCAAUGGUAACGGCAGUCUUUGGUCUUGUUGCUUUCCAAGGAGUUUCUAAAUUCAAAUUUUGAACAACCUUGCC